AUGGACUCCGGUGGCCGGGGUAGAGGUAGGGGGCGAGGACGAAACCCCGAGGGAGAAAAUGAGCUCGAGAAUGACCAAGUAGCCACAGCCAUCCAGCGAAUGGCUGAUUUACUUGAGCGUAUGGUCGCCCAACAGGGCCAGGGUCAGGGGAACAACUCCGGAAAUCCUGGGAGUAGUCGAGGGAAUCAUGAGGGGGAGGACCGCGCUUUAGAGCGGUUUCAAAUAUUUGCACCCCCUAAAUUUAUAGGAGGACCCAGCCCUGACCUGGGGGAGGGCUGGCUGGAGCGUAUACUGGAUAUUUUCGCCGCCUUGGGAUAUGCGGAGGAACGACAAGUAUCGUUCGCUACCUUUCAAUUCGAAGGACCCGCCCGAGCAUGGUGGAACGUGGUAAAAGCAAAAUGGGAACGAGAGCGGACCCCCUGGACCUGGAUUAACUUUACCAGGGAAUUUAAUGAGAAAUACCUUCCGCCGAUGGUACAGGAGAAACGGGAGGAUGAUUUCAUUCGCCUGCGCCAAGGGGCGCUAAGUGUUGCAGAAUACGAGACCCAAUUCACUAAAUUGUCUCGUUUUGCUCCGGAUUUGGUGUCAACGGAACAAAAGCGAAUCCUCCGCUUUGUUCAAGGGUUGAACGUUGAGAUCCAAGAGGCGUUGGCGGCCGCUCAGUUAGAUACUUUUAAUCGGGUGUUAGAAAAAGCGCAUAGGGUUGAGACAGCCCGAGGUCAAGUAAAGGCAUUUCAUGAUAAAAAGAGAAGGCAGCCGGGCACCGGAAACUUUAAUGCUAGACAAAGCUCGAGGAAUGAGCCGCCCACUAAAAUGGGUAGGGGAGCAGGAGGUCCACGACCGGCGGGGACUUCAAACCAGGGAAAUGCCGGAAGAGGGCAAGCAGAGCGAGGGCCCCAGAGAGGUGGUCAAAGAGGAGGAACAACUACCGGGACGAGACAGACCUGUAGUUUUUGUGGAGGCAAUCAUACCGCCGAAAAUUGCUGGAAGAAUAGUGCUGUCAGGAGGUGCUAUAAGUGUGGUAGUACCGAACACCUGAUUGCUCAAUGCCCGAAUCUGCGGGCUGAAGGAGGCACCUCACGGGCAGAGGGAAGCGCGCCCAACCCAGCAAAUGUAGCGGGCAAUCGACCGAAGGUACCUGCGAGGGUCUAUGCCAUGGGACAUCAGGAGGUGACUGACCCUUCGGCAGUCAUCGAAGGUACGCUUUCUAUAUUUCGGCGUACCGCAAGUGUGUUAAUAGAUCCUGGUGCUACCCACUCCUUUGUGAGUCCUGCAUUCAUGGCACAUAUAGACAUUAAGGCAGAGAAGUUGCCAUAUGAUUUAGAAAUAAAGACUCCCAUUACCAAUAAGAGUAUCCUUGCUAAUAAAAUGUACAAAGGUUGUGACGGGUGGAUAGGGGAACGAAAGUUGUCGGUGGAUUUAAUAGAAUUAACUCUUAAGGGAUAUGAUCUCAUAUUAGAUAUGGAUUGGCUAGCUAAAUAUUAUGCAUGUUUGGACUGCAGUACGAAAAAGGUUGACUUGUGCAUACCGGGUGAGCCUACAUUGCAAUUAGAUGUACAAGGAAAGUUAGCCUCUACCACUUUUAUUUCUGGGAUUCGGGCCAGGAAAUUGCUGAGUAAGGGGGCUCGAGGGUUUUUGGCCAUGUUGAUUAAUACCCCAGGAGAGCAAUUAAAAGUAGAAAGUGUGCCGGUGGUGUGUGAGUUUCCUGAGAUGUUUCCCGAAGAGUUGACCUCACUACUGCCGGAAAGAGAAAUCGAAUUAAAGAUUGAUCUCCACCCAGGGGCGGAACCGAUAUCGAAAACCCCUUACCGCAUGGCUCCUGCAGAACUGAAGGAAUUAAAAAUCCAGUUGUAG